UGACACCAAUGCACAUAGCAUAGGCACCAAAAACUAGUAGCCUUACAUCAAUAGGGUGAGUUGGUGAGUUAGUGAGUGAGUGAGUCAAUCCAUUUCCCUCACAAAGUUCAAGCUCAAACCUACCUUCAUGGAUGUCUCUACUCACAAAUUCUUCCAAUCUCCAUCUGUAUUGGCACCACUUGGGGAGCCAGUACCUAUUGAAUCCAACAUGAGUAGCUUGUAUGGGAAGAACAAGAACAGUAACCCUUUUGUAGAUGAUGACUUCCCUGACCCACUUUGCAAGCUCAAUCUCAAGGAGACUUCUGAAUUUGUCAAGUCAUUUCCAGUGCCAAAUGCUAAUAAUGAUGAAACCAGAAGCACCAUUGUUGAUGUUUCAGCUCAGAGAAGAGAACAACAACAAAGGAGAGUAGCAUUAGAGGCUCCUGCAACACCUGGUAGGCCAUUUUUCAGCUUCACAACCAUUGGAAGGAACCUUUCAAGAAAGAGCAUUCCUUCCAAAUGGGAUGAUGCUGAGAAAUGGCUCAUGAGCAGUUCAUGCCAUGACUCACCAGCACAUGUGAAUGCUGUGAAUGUGAAUGUGAAUGUGAAGAAGGUAUCUGAAUCUGAAUCUGAGUCCUCAAAAAUGGAGUGUUUCUCAGACAAGUCAAGGGUCACAGUCACUGAGGAAAGGGACUCAAAAGCUGCCCCAAACUUCAGAAGGUCUUCAUCUUUGGACCACCAAAACAUGUUUGGUGCUUUCAAUGGGGUCUCAUGCCCAACAGACAUAGUACUAAAAGAUAAGUUCACUGAGAGCAUAGAGCCAAUUUUGCCAAGUUUCAGAUACUCAGAGCCAACUAAAGAAGGAUUCUUGUUUAGAAACAAUGCUGGGGAUGCAAUGAAAGAUGCUUGCACAGAAAUGGCUUAUCAUCAUCAUCAUCAACAACAAAAUGAGAUUCAACACAGAGAUGUUGGGACAGAGAUGACACCUCUUGGAAGCUCCACAACUUCAAGGUGCCAUACACCAAUCAAGAGUUCAUCCCCUCAGAGGCACAACACUCCUGAAAGUAGGUCAGGACCAUUGGCUAUGGCAAACACCAAUAGCACUACCUGCAAUGAUCUUAUUCAGCUUGAAGAGUGCCAUUUUUCCAAAUUGCAACUGGGGACACAAUAUGACUUGGUUACUUCAAAUUGGAGCUCAAGUGGAGAAGAAGAAGAGGAAAUAUCAAAGAGUUUGAGGCAUAAUGGUAGCAAGAAAGGUGAUCCUGAAUACAGGGCUGCUACAUGGGAAGAAGAGGAGAAGACUAAGUGCUGUCUCAGGUAUCAGAGAGAAGAAGCAAAAAUUCAAGCUUGGGUAAACCUACAAAGUGCUAAAGCAGAAGCACAAUCCAAAAAGCUUGAGGUGAAAAUACAAAAGAUGAGGUCAAACCUUGAAGAAAAAUUGAUGAAGAGGAUGUCAGUGGUUCACAGAAAAGCUGAGGAAUGGAGAGAAUCAGCUAGGCAACAACACUUGGAGCAAAUUCAGAAAGCCACUGAACAAGCUCAAAAGAUGAUACACAAACAUCAUCAUCAUCAUAGCACUCAAUUUUCAAGCCACACCACCAUUUCUUGUGGUUGCUUCCCUUGUCAUAACAUCCAUCACUAAUAAGUAAUAACAUUUAACAAUGCAAAUAUGCAAUGUUGAUCUUUGAUGUUUUCUGCCUCCAAAUAAAUUCUAUUUUAUCUGUAACUGUUAUUAUUUUAUUUUUAUUUUUAUGCACAAUUUUUUUUAAAUGAAAAGGGGAAUAGUUUUCUUCUUUGUCCA